GCCACCCGAGGACUCUAUCAGGGAUCCCAACCCUUCUCUUGAGAUGAACUCCUCUGCCCUCAUCUCCAAGGGGAACCGAGAGCCAGGCCUUAAUCAUGUGCGCCUUAAGCAGGCCAAUCAAGACACUCUUCCCGGGAUCACCACCAGCGGUUUCCUGUACGGCGUGUCGCUGCCCACACAGAUUGCCAUGGAGAUAAAGCAGGAAGGUUCAGCCAGUCGGCAUGGGAUGAAUGCAGUCGGCGACAUGCUGAGGCCCCGUCCAUCAGGAGAAGCGAAGGUGCCUUCGCCACAGGAGUUCGGUGACUGCUGUGGACAGAAAUCUAUCCUCCCCGGUGGUCCACUCAUCCAAAAUGUCCAUUCCUCCAAACGCAUCCUUUUCUCCAUAGUCCACGACAAAUCAGAUAAAUGGGACAAUUUUAUAAAAGAAACCGAAGAUAUCAACACCCUGAGGGAAUGUGUGCAAAUUCUGUUUAACAGUCGAUAUGCUGAAGCUUUGGGGCUGGAUCAUAUGGUCCCUGUCCCAUACCGGAAAAUUGCCUGUGAUCCGGAAGCAGUAGAAAUCAUUGGAAUUCCAGACAAAAUCCCCUUCAAGAGGCCCUGCACCUACGGAGUCCCCAAGCUCAAGCGGAUCUUGGAAGAAAGGCACAAUAUCCACUUCGUGAUCAAAAGGAUGUUUGAUGAAAGAAUUUUUACAGGAAACAAAUUUACCAAAGACGCAACCAAGAUUGAGCCAUCAAGCCCCUCUGGGGACGUCUCCCCUGAACCACAUAGAAUGGCAUUUCUUGAUUUAGCAGGGACCUCUCAAGCUAAUCACAG